GGAAUCAUAAACACAGGACGGGACGAUGGAUAAUGGAGCCCAAACGAACAGAUCCAGAUGGCGAAAAUUUUGUCGAAAUGAGUUACUGCAACCGCUCCAACAGCGUUCAACCUGUACAGUAGAUACGGUGAAGACACUUGACACCAGUUGAUGUCUAGUUUUAGCAUACUUUUUUGCGAUUGACGAAAUAUGAAGCCAGAUCAAGGUCUGUCUCAGGAUAUGGAAGAAGAAGAAGAAGAGUUGGAUCCAUGGGAGUUGUUCUUAGAAUUAGGAAUGUUGAUAAUAGAAAGUCGUAUGCCGGAGUUUUCUGCCAAGGGCCGAGUAGAGGGCCCCCAUUGUCUACUUGUGACAUCAAGGGGGACAAACCAUGAGUGUGACAAGGGAAAUAAACAGUGUAAUAUGGUGUCUGAGUUGCGGGAUCAGAUGUUGAUGCUGUGGAAGAACGGCAUCCCGAUGUGUAUUGAGGUGUUGGUGUAUCCAGACUGUCAGCAUGUGGCUAAGCUAUACGAAGCCCAACUUAGCCCAGCAGAGGGCACCUGUGUGAUGCUAGAGGAAUGGACCAUACAGGUCUCUCCUAAGAGAAUGCUGGACAGCCAUUGUGGUUCGAGAUCUUUGGUCCAAGCAACGCGUUCCCACCUCCAUUUCUCCCAGCUUAGUGCUUGGCUCAAUGUCAGUAGAGGAACACAGCCUGCUAAUGUAGUGUACAGGUAGGUAUUGGGGCUUUACUUUGAAGAUAGGCUGAAUCUUCUUGGUAAGACUCUUUCCUGUGGGCCAUCUGCCAUUCUCUC